CCCAACUGAAGUUGAAUUUCAAAAACAACAGAGACAAUAUGCCAGAAGCCAAAGUGAAUCAUCCGUUGCAAGAAGAAUGCAGCAACAAAAUGAAUAUCAGGUAAAACACGGACAUGAACAAUAUGAGAAGCAUCAUAAUGAGGAUGCAAGAGCUGGUGAAAGGAAUCCUCUAUCUAAUAUGCCAGUAGAGCAUAAGAACAAUCAUAGACAUAAAUCGGAUCAGACCAAUGCCUAUCAUGCGAAACAUGAUUAUAAACCUAACCCAGCCAAACACUACAGUGUACAAGAAUAUAAUGGAAAGACUGAUGGACAGAAUUCAAUUCCGAAUAAUCUAAAUAACACAACCCAUCAAGACCUUCAGAGACAGGAUUACAACAGACAUGGUGAUCACUCGGAGCAUACAUUAGGGCUCAACACACAUGAGCAUCACCCUCCACAUCUCCAACACCAUUUCCAUGAUGGAACACAUAUUAACCAAAAUCAGGCACAUGGCGUAUAUAAGGAAUCAUCAAAAAGUACAGCUCCAAUGCAGUAUAUUUCCACUCAAGGGCCAGGACAACAAGCACAGGAUAUGAGUUUUGAGCAAAUAGUUGAAUACAAUCAACAUAUUCAACAACCUGUGAAAAGUGUCGAUCAUCCAUAUCAGAAUGUUCCAAAUAUCAAACCACCCAAUAUUCAGAAUAAUAAUGACAAUGCUAAUGAUGACAGUGAGCUUGAUGAACCCUACAACCCAUUUGAUCCUAAUGGAGGUGGUGGAACAUUUAUAACCUAUUCCGAUGAAGAUGACCACCCAUAUGAAAACAGUGAGUUCCAUGAAGGAGGUCAUCCAUAUUUUGAUGACAAACCCAAUCAGUUCAACAACACAUAUGCCCUGACACCCAUUGAUGAUUUAGACUCAUUAAAUGAAGAUGACCCUCCAUAUGUUAAUGUAACAAAAGAAGAAAAUGAUGACCCACCCUAUGUCAAUAUACAGAAGGAUUAUGAUCCUCCAUAUGUUAAUGUACCAAAAGGACCUGAAAUCAACCCACCAUAUGAGAAUAUACCAAAGGGCUUGAAUAAAGAUGAAAUUCCGGCAUUUAAAAAAAAUGCUAAGAUUCCUCCAAAUCCAUUGGCUGGCCAAGCUGCAAAACAAAGCAAAGAACAUUCAAGGCAAAAUAAUGAGGAAAAUGCCAAGCAUAGGUCAAAGUCUGAAUCUGAUGCCAAACAAAAAAACACUGAUGCAGCUAACAUAAAUGUGGACUCCGGAAGAGAAUCAUUAAAUGAAUGUGUGAACGAAAUUGAUCCUGAAAGUAUUGAACAUAUCCAGAGGCUUCAACAACUGGAACCCAGAAGGAACAGAAUGAAAAAUAAACUUCUCUUUGAGAUAAAAACAUAUGAGGAUGAACAUGAUUAUAAUGAUGAAACUCAGAAACAUACUUUGGAUACAAUAGUACAGCAUGAGAAAUCACCAUCCAAAUCCAAAGUUAGAGGAAAGUAUAAAAGAAAAUCUGAGAGCCGUCGAAGGUCACUAACAAAUGAUAGAGCCAACUCAAUGGUUAAGGAAGAUAAACAGCCCAUCCACCGAGUGUCAAAUGUUAAGCCAAUGAAGAUCAGAGAUAAUUCAUAUGACAGGAUUACUCCAGAUCUGAAGCAGCACAGAAAACAUGUCAUAAAUCCAAAGAAAAAAAUAGCAUAUGAUCUUACGAAAUAUGAAUAUGG